GUUGCCCGCGUCGUGUGUGUGUGCAAUCGGCAAUCAAUUUUUUUGUAAAAUAUCAUCGCGUCGGUCGCGCCAACAAUAAUUUUUGUGCAAAUUCUGCUACCGCCGAGGGAUGCCCUGCGAAAGAGACAGGAAAGUAGCAGUUGGAUUCAAAGAUCCAAAAGAGGAAUCAGAGGUUCGUCGGGCGCCGAGGAUAUCCCCAAGUCGUUCAUUGCGACAACGGGACGAACUUCGUCGGAGCGAGCCGCCAUCUCAGCGCUCUGCGGAUCAGGUUCAAGGAGCAGGGAGACGCAAUUCGCGACUUUGCGUCAAAAAACGGAUGCGAAUUUGCGUUCAUACCGCCGCGAGCUCCUCACAUGGGAGGGCUAUGGGAGGCAGGUGUAAAAACUGCCAAGAGCCUACUCCUACGGGCGGUAGGCAGCGCGCCUAACCGCCGAAGUGCUCGCCACAGUCCUCGUCGGCAUCGAGGCCAUAAUGAACUCGAGGCCGCUGGGAGCCAUCAGCCAAGAUCCAAGCGACGGCGAGGCCCUAACACCCGGGCACCUGCUGACAGGCGGGUCGCUCAUCGCCCCCCCAGCACUGCGGACUCCGGACCAGGAGAGUAUCAGUUGCUUGCGGCGAUGGCGACUUGUCUCGUCAGUCAGGCAAGCGUUUUGGCAGCGAUGGUCCCGCGAAUAUGUCCUGGGGCUGCAAAUUCGGGGCAAAUGGCACCAGCAGCAACCGAACCUCGAGGAAGGAGACCUCGUCAUCGUGGCCGAGGACAAUCUGCCGCCUCAGGAGUGGCUCGUAGGGAGGGUCAUAGCCACGCACGCAGGAGAGGACGGCAUGGUCAGGGUCGUCGAAAUAAGGACUAGCACUGGAGCGGUUUUUCGGCGGCCCAUACACAAAUUAGCGCCGCUCCCAAUGUGUUGAAGCCGAUGCAGGCGUUCAACGGGGCCGGUGUUGCGUGGCCUUCCAUCCAUGGCGGCGAUUAUUAGUUAU